AGCUUGUCUGCAGGUUCCAGGCCUAGUCCUAUUCCUGCCCACGAAUGUAACGUUGACCCUCCAAUGUUCACCGAGGCAAUUCCCGUAGCAGCUGUCACGGCCAGAGUACGAUCGCCGCGGCCACCGCAGUACUUAAUGAUCUCGCGGAGCAGAACAGACUUCCCCGUACCU